GUGAGCGAGCAGCAUCAAUUGCUCACACAGAUCGGCGACAGCAUUGCGAGAAGCGCAAGCAAUCAAGGACGCAGCGCGACUGAUCACGCAAGUCUCGCGACCAGACCUGGCAGCGGGAAGCGUCACUGUAAGCAGCGUACCCGCCGGGGCGCAACGGGAGACAGUGGCGCGGGCGUGUCUCACCACGGACACUACAACCAGAAGGCGCGAUUGCCAACGGCCCCCAUACAAAGCGGCGGCACUGCUAUCUUGCGUCUGUCUGGGAGCCAUGGCCGUUGGCAGUGAUUGAUUUGAUGCAUGGCCACGUAGUCGCCGCCUGCUCCCGCGGAAACACCACACCACCGUUUGCGCGGAAACGAGAAAUCGGAAUUUUUUUUUCUCUCAGCCGCUCCCGAGACCAGGGCCCUUCCCCUGAGACAGAUCGCGAGUACGAUCAAGCACGCGUCGGGUCGACAGCGUGCAUGCAUGGGUGCUUGGCAGCAUGCAAGGCCUUGAGCCUCAGCUCACCAGACAGGCCCGCUCCUUCGCACGCAGACCCAGCAACAGCAGCAGCAGCACUAGCACCCAGACACGCGCCCGCGUCUCCCCGACCCCAAACAACUCACCCACACACAAACACGCCUUGACCGGUCAAGCCACCACCCACUCACUCGCCCACUCGCUCCAGCCCGACGGACGGCCACGGCCGCCACCGCGAGCGGGAGCCCGAGCGCCCGCCGCCGCCCGUCCCAGGCUCCCAGGCUCCCAGCCCGGCCUGGUGGAUCCUGGCGAUCGGUCCGAGAGGCGUCCGUGGUGCGUUGGAUGCUUCCAGGCGCUGCGUGGGCGAUCGGUCUUGCGCAAGCUUGCAGUCGACGCGAGACACGACGCGCUAUUUACAACGGCGAGGUAAGGUGCGGACGCGAGAUGGGCGCGUAGAACAGAUACGAGGUUUUUUCUUUUGGAGAUGCAGCUGUCUGGUGAUGGUCAGGGAAGGGUGGGAGGCUCUGUUUCGGGAACGAUCUCUGGAAGCGUCGAUGCGAGAUGGGGACCUAGCCAAUCCGGAGGAGGCAAAGGAGAAAAAAAGCUUGAUAGUGGAGAGAUGGGUGAGUUUGCGUGAGAGGCUCAGCGUUUCAGGGAGUGUGGGCGAGGAAAGUCCGAGGGCGGUGGCGGGCUCGAUCAGCCCACGGUCGAACUACCAGACCCCCCGUGUCACUCGAUUGUGACGCGGCAAAAGUCGGCGACUCGCCAGAGCUCCCGGCAAUUAUUCGUGGCCUCUCCACAUUGCGCCGUGAUGCGCGACGGCCCGCUAAAGGCGAGAUUGCCUGCAUCCCUGUCCGAUCAGUCGACCGUUUGACACUUGCUUUGCGAUAUAUAUCAAUUCCAUGAGCCCCCAAGUCUUGC